CGCUCCCCGUAGCACCCCCCUCCGCGGCCGGCCGGCUGGCUGGCUGGCUGUGCGCAAGGCGAACAUGGCGGCGCAGGCGGUGGGGCGGGACACUCUACCUGAGCACUGGUCCUAUGGCGUCUGCAGGGACGGCCGGGUGUUCUUCAUCGAUGACCUGACCCGCUCCACUACUUGGCUGCAUCCUCGCACCGAGGAGCCCGUCAACUCCGGCCACAUGAUCCGCUCAGAUCUGCCCCGCGGCUGGGAGGAGGGGUUCUCCCAGGAGGGAGCCAGCUACUUCAUCGACCAUAACCAGCGGAUCACGACAUUUAGACAUCCUGUGACAGGACAGAUUUCUCCAGAAAACAUUGAAUUUAUUUUACAAGAAGAGCAGAAUUCACACAUGUCCAAGCAACAAGUAAACCAAAGACCCUCAAGCAUGGUCAGUGAAACAUCCACUGUAGUAACUACAUCCAUUGUAGAUACCAAACCUGGCUCCAAGGUUUUAAAAUCUGACAAUAAAGUUCACAGUUUUGGAAAGAGGGACCAGUCUAUCAAGAGGAACCCUAAUGUUCCUGUUGUGGUGAGAGGCUGGCUACACAAACAGGAUAGCUCUGGAAUGAGAUUAUGGAAAAGACGAUGGUUUGUGCUGUCUGAUUAUUGUUUGUUUUACUACAAAGACAGCAGAGAAGAAACUGUUUUGGGUAGCAUACCAUUACCUAGUUAUGUAAUAUCUCCCAUUGGACCUGAAGAUCGCAUAAACCGCAAGUAUUCCUUUAAGGCUGUUCACACAGGGAUGAGGGCAUAUAUUUAUAAUAAGAGUUCUAUUAUUGGCUCUCAGGCAGAGCAUUCAGGAAUGCGCACAUACUACUUCAGUGCAGAUACCCUAGAGGAUAUGAAUGGCUGGAUCCGUGCCAUGAAUCAAUCUACUCUUAUGCAAACACGUUCAUCUCUGAAGAGAGAAACAGAAAAAACAGAUCAGCAAGCUGUUCCCCAAGUUAACCAUGUGGAUUCCCGCAAAGAAUGUGCAAAAGUGGAUACUGCUGAUAUAAAAGGAAGUUAUCAAAAAGCAACUGAAACCUUUGGAUAUGAUAGGCAUGAAGAAAUAAGAAAAGAAAGAGAAGAUGAGGAACGUUGUGUCUGCAGAAAAGAAAUUCUGCAACCUAAGAGGGGAAAAUCUAAGUAUCCAUUAACAUCAGGAGAAGUUGAUCUGUUUCCAGAUUUAACAAGUGUGUCUCAGCCCCAAGUAGCUCAGCCUCAGCCAGUUGAGAAGAAUGGGAUGUUUCCUAGUUCAUUAAACAUGAGCAUUGGCCCAAUGGAGCAGAAUGGUACCAGUUUGUAUAAAAGAGGAUUUGUUCCCAGAGCAAAUCCAGAUAAACAGACACAAAGGAAAAACAGCAUGACUCAAGUGGAGCAUUGGGUAAAAGUCCAAAAAGGAGACACAAAAAGUCUUGCUUCUGAUCAGAUUCUAACUCGUCAAGGUCCCAGUCAAUCUUCGUCUUUUCCUGAAAAUUAUCAUACCUUGCCAAAGAAUACCAGGCGGCCUUCAGGGAGCUCUCCUCCACCAAAUCGCAACUUGCCAAGUGACUACAAAUAUGCCCAGGACCGUGUUAGCCACUUGAAAAUGUCCCAUGAGGAGAGGAAAGCUAAUAAGGAUGGUACUGUAUGGCAGCUGUACGAGUGGCAGCAGAGACAGCAGUUUAAACAUGGCAGUCCAACUGCUCCAGUUUAUGCAGGUUCUCCGGACUUUACUGACCGUGGUAAAGCAAAAAGUUCACUAGAUGUUCCACGAUCAAUUUCUGUUCCUCCAUCUCCUUCCGAUAUUCCUCCACCAGGACCUCCAAAAAUCUUUCCGCCAAGGAGACCGCACACUCCUGCAGAGAGGGUUACUGUUAAGCCAUCUGAUGGGAGACAGAGUGUAGACAUACCCUUUGCUGGAUCUCCAAGAAGGAUUCGAAAUCAUGCUGUAAAGAAUUCAGCACACAUUGAUAGACGCUCCAUGCCUACUAUGGGAUAUAUGACCCAUACUGUAAGUGCACCGAGUUUACAUGGCAAGUCGCCUGAAGAGCUAACAUUGCUUCUCAUUCGAUUAAGGAGACAUCAGGCUAAGUUGGCUAGUAUACAAAAUUACACAAUCGCCCAAUUACUACAGCAUUUGCCAACUAAUUCCAUCUAUCAGGCUGAUGACACCUACAUACAGCUGAAGAAAGACUUGGAAUAUCUGGAUCUAAAGAAGCUGUCUCCUUUUAUGAUAACAGUGACAGGGCGUGAUAUACUAAAAGAACGAAGUACAAAACCUGUCAAGAUUGCAGAAAGUGAUAUUGACGUCAAGCUAAGCGUUUUCUGUGAACAAGAUGGGAUUCUACAGAACUUGGAAGACAAAAUAAGAUCCCUUAAGGAAAAUAAAGACCAGCUGGAAUCUGUCUUGGAGGUUUUGCAUAGACAGAUGGAACAGUACAAAGACCAACCACAGCAUGCAGAAAAAAUUUCUUCCCAGCAGAGACUUUUGCAAGAGGACCUCAUUCAUAUUCGGGCUGAAAUAUCCAAGGCAUCCACCGAAAUGGAAAAUGCUUGGAAUGAAUAUCUGAAAUUGGAAAAGGAUGUUAACCAGCUGAAGCAAGCCUUACAGGAACAGAUGAACAGAUCAUUUUUUCCUCAGGAGAAAACACAAAUGCAAAAAGAUUUAUGGAGAAUUGAAGAUGUUACAGCUGGCCUAAGUGCAAAUAAAGCAAACUACAAAGUCAUAGUAGAUUCUAUAAAAAAUCCAGAAAGAAAAACAGUGCCUUCAUUUUCUCACUCUAAAGUGCCUUCAUUAUCAACUUCUCUCACAACUAUGGAGAGCAAACUUUCGACUCAGCGAACUCCUCCAUCUAGUCCUGUUAAGUCCUCUUUGGAGGUUAGGCUGUUGCCACAGCCUUAUACUCAGCCUAGAACACAGUCUCAACCACAACAGCUGAAAAAAGUUGAGCAUCCUCUUCAGUCACCCGUGAAGCUAAAGACAAAAGUUGGAGAUGAAGCACCACCCAGACCUCCUCUCCCUCAGGUCUACAAUCCUGAUGAUCACCCACCAGCUGUUCCACCUCUUCCAAGGGAAGCCAAUGUUAUCAGGCACACAUCAGUGCGUGGCCUGAAACGUCAGUCAGAUGAAAGAAAGAGAGAUCGAGAACUGGGACAAUAUGUAAAUGGUGAUUAUAGGGGAGAGCUCCGUUCAUACAUGAGUGAACCUGAAUUAGCUACAAUAGAUGGUGACUUCAGCCAAACUUCAUUUGGUUUCAUAGGUUCUGACAGUGGAUACCAGACAUUACCUACCAGAGGAUUAUCCGGAUCAACUUCCAGACUGCACCAGACAUCCACCAUUUCAUCGUAUGCAACAUUUCAAAGAGAGAGCUCCAAGGAGAGACCAAAGAGUGCCUUGGAACGCUUAUACUCUGGAGACCACCAAAGAUGCAAGAUGAGUGCUGAGGAACAACUAGAAAGAAUGAAGCGACAUCAGAAGGCAUUAGUUCGUGAACGCAAGAGAACUCUUAGCCAAGGAGAAAGACAGUCUGUUUCAUCUCGGCCUUUCAUCCGACCCGUUUCUGCAGACAUAGGCUCAAGGAAACGAGAACAAGAAUUUGAUUUGCAGUUACUUGAGAGAGCAAUACGUGGAGAAGAGAAAAAUGAAAAUGACUGGUUAAAAAUUCAGCCUGUACCAGUGAAAGAGAUGGACCUGGAACCUCAAGAUUAUGACUUAGAUAUCAGCAGAGAGUUGUCAAAACCUGAAAAGGUGGCAAUUCCAAACCGCUAUGUUGAGCUGGACCCUGAAGAACCUCUCAGUUCAGAAGAAUUAGCCUCAAGACACCGUAAAGCAGAAAAGAUAAAGAAUAUUCUUACCAGGUCUAGUAUGCACAACCUACAGCCUGCUGUUGCUCAGGACAAACACAACUCAGAUGAUUUAGAUUCACAGCUGCAGGAACAGGAACGCAUCAUUACCAUAUCAUAUGCUUUGGCUUCUGAAGCCUCUCAGCGGAGCAAGGAGGUAGCAGCUCACCAGUUGACCUACCCAUCUAAAGCACCCUCACCUUCUGUACCACAGCCACCUCACUCCCCCUUAAGCAAUGGAUUUCACUACACAUUUGUCUAAACACCUUAAAACCAAAGCAGUAAUGGAACAUUGACAUAAGAUACAAGCCAACAACCAUCUGAUGCCAGAGCGUGGAAGAAAGAAUGUCUUCAUGACACCAGCUUCUCGGAAGAUACUCAUCUGCUGAUCACAGAAUUUUUCAAAAACAAAUUCAAAGAAUAAUAGAGGGAUUUUCUAUGAAAAACAAAUGAAUUCAAAUCAUUUUAGUUUGGCAUUGUUUUAGUUCAGACUUUUUAUAUAAAUAAAUGGCACUUUUAAUAUACUCUGUAUAAUACUGAUGUAUUUUUAGAAACAGAAUAUAUUUUAGAUUUUUUUUAAUCAAGGGCUGAGUUCAUUUUUUAAAAAAAAGCUGCUUACAGAGACUUUACAAAAUAUUAUUGCUUCACCCUCAAGUUCAGAUGCAUAUCGUAAAGACUCUUGACAAAAUGUAAAUCAAAUAAUCUUGGAAGUACAUCACGGCAUUUGGGUAAAGCUAACUCAAGUGAGAAGUUUACUGAGAAUUUUCUUCUUAUUUUGGCAAAAUUGAUCACUCUCAUGUGCCCUUUAAAUAAGAAAUAGCAAAGGACUCAGCUUCCAUUUCUAAAUGUUAGUAACCAUCAUGUUUGCACAUAAUGAACAAAAUUAUGGCACUCAGCUGCUAACUCAUGUACAUUUUUUAAUUCCAUGUAGUUAAUUUUCAAAUAUCAGUAUCCAGUGUGUUAGCGUUGACAAUAACACUGUCCCCAUCAGUAACACGAUGCUAAAAAUAUAUAUUUUUUCUUAAAUUAAGAGGACUGGAAAGUAAAAGAAAUUUUAAUUCUAAUGUGUGAAGUAAGCAAUAAAAUGUUAAUAGAAUGUGUGAUUUUACUAGUAAAUAUAUAUAAUAUUUGUUUUAAUUAAAAAGCAAUAUGUGAUGUUUUGCAUUAUCAUGGAAACAACAGAAAUAAUGCAAUAUGGCACUUGCUAAUUUUGUAUGUAAAUUUAACUGGUGCUUAAUUUUGCCAAAACUUUCAAGUUUGAUGUUUUGCUUGGGUAUAGGGUGAAGAGUUGGUCAGUUACAUAUGAAGAAAAUGAGUUUAAAUGAAUUGCUGUUGCU